GCAAAAGUAGAAAAAUUGUGUCUCGAGCUUCAGUUAACAAAGGUUCGUCGUUUCCUCGUACUCUCCCGGCGACAAGUGAACACCAAACACAUCACCACCAAAAAUACCGUCAACAUGCCCCCCAAGUUCGAUCCCAAUGAGGUCAAGGUGAUCCACCUUAGGGCCACUGGUGGUGAGGUCGGUGCUUCAUCAGCUCUGGCUCCCAAGAUCGGUCCUCUGGGUCUGUCGCCCAAGAAGGUCGGAGAAGAUAUUGCCAAGGCCACCGGCGACUGGAAGGGUCUCCGUGUCACCGUCAAGCUCACCAUCCAGAACCGUCAGGCCGCCGUCUCGGUCGUGCCUACCGCCUCGUCGCUCAUCAUCAGGGCUCUCAAGGAGCCCCCACGUGACCGUAAGAAGGAGAAGAACAUCAAGCACAAUAAGUCGGUCGCCCUCGACGAGAUCAUUGAGAUCGCUAGGACGAUGAAGUUCAAGUCCUUCUCCAAGGACCUUGCUGGUGUCGUCAAGGAGAUUCUCGGAACCGCCUACAGUGUCGGUUGCCAGGUUGACGGAAAGAGCCCGCGUGAGAUCACCGACGCCAUCAAUGCUGGCGAGAUUGAUAUCCCCGAGGAGUAAGCGUUAUGACAUGGGCGACUUGGUUUUUUUCUAGGGCAUCGGUUGGAGUUCGGGCUUGCUUUGGGACUGAAAUGUCCAGCCGCGGCAAACAAAAUGGGUUUCCUCACGACGUUUCGGGUUUCUGAAAUAACGAAUGCUGAACAGAACAUGACCUGGUCCAGACAGGUUUUUGUGCCG